UUGACCACGUGACAUUAAAGAUGGCCGCCUCUCACCGGAGUCGAGACGGUGAGGACAGCAUCCUGGAGCCUCUGUGUUUCCCAGAUGCCCCCCCUGACCCCCCCAGUGCUCUGGGCGACCCCCUGGACCCCCUGCUGCUCUGCCUGUUCUGCCCCCGGUCCGUCCCCCUGGAGCAGAAGGACCAGCUCCUCAAACACCUGCUGCUGGACCACCAGCUGGUCAUCGCCGACGUCAAGCUGGUUGCUGACCUCCCAAAGUACCUGCUCUACUGGAGGAGUCGUUUCCUGCAGCAGCCGCUCACAGACUUCUGCAGCGUCAUCAAGACCAACUGCAGCGGACCAAUCGAGAAGCAGGAGAACUACUUCCUGUUGUGUGAUCUCCUCCCAGAGGACCGAGUCCUCCGAGAGAAGCUGCAGCAGAACAGACUGGAGGAGGUGCUGGAGCAGCAGCAGCAGGAGAGAGACGACAGCAGCUUCCACCGCCUCUGCAUGUUCUGCAGCGAGGAGUUCAGUGGGAACAGGGCGGCGCUGCUGAACCACAUGGCCAGAGAGCACUCCUUCAGCAUCGGGCUGCCGGACAACAUCGUCUACUGCCAACAGCUCCUGGACACGCUGCAGGCCAAGAUGGACAGCCUGCAGUGUCUGUACUGUGAGAAGACCUUCAGGGACAAGACCACGCUGAAGGACCACAUGAGGAAGAAGGCCCACCGCCGCAUCAACGCCAGCAACACACUGUACGACCGCUUCUACGUCAUCAACUACCUGGAGCUGGGGAAGAGCUGGGAGGAGGUGCAGAGUGAGGACGACCGAGAGCUGCUGGAGGACGAGGGGGAGGAUGAUUGGUCGGACUGGCGAGCUCGCCCGGUGUGCUCCGUGUGUCUCUUCUGUGACGACCAAUCAGAGACGAUGGAGCAGAUCUACUCGCACAUGAAGGAAGCUCACGGCUUUGACCUCCAUCGCCUGAGGACGGAGCUCAACCUCCACUUCUACCAGCAGGUGAAGCUGGUGAACUACAUCCGGCGUGAGCUGUACCAGCGGCGCUGCUACGGCUGCCAGGAGCGGUUUGAGUCCAGAGCCGAGGUCCUGGACCACCUGCAGGUCAAAGGUCACGUGAUGACGCUGCCGGACGCCGCCACCUGGAACCAGCCUCAGUACUACUUCCCGACCUAUGAGAACGACGCCCUCUUGUGUUCGCUCUCCGGCGGCGAAUCAGACGACGACAGCGUGCCGGUGAUCUCAGAGGACGUCAGUGACCUCAGAGCCCUGAGGAGGACCAGCGUGCUGCAGCAGCUGCUGAGGGGGGCCCGCUAG